AGUGGUUCAGAAGUGAAUGGACAUUUCGGGAUGAUCCCUGCCAGAAGUACUAUGAAACUCUGCUAGUAAAUCCUGCUCUGCUGGUGCCACCGACAAAGGCACUGGCAGUUACUUUAACCACGUUUGUAACUGAGCCUCUCAAGCACGUAGGACAAGGUAUUGGUGAAUUCAUGAAGGGACUGAUGAAGGAGAUGCCGUUUAUUCUGCAGGUUCCAGUGCUGAUGAUGAUGGCUCUGGGUGUCCUGGGUUUCUGCUACGGUGCCGGAUCAUCAGUGUCUGUGUUAAGAUACUUAACGUCGUCUGCGAGGAAGAGCCUUCCUCCACCCGAGAGUCAGCAGGAGCAGAUAGACUUCGGGCAGUACGACGGGCGCAAAUCUGACGGCUGUUCCCCGCGGGAGCUUCCUUCUGCUUACAGAAGACCUUACGACAGAGGAGAUGCCCCUGCGAGGCCAGGAAACGGCAGCAGGAGUCCUGACAGCCGCCGUACGAGCCACGAGCCAGACACGCAAGUAGAAGAAUCUGACGGACCGGAACCUGGUCACAGAUUGCACACCGAGCCUGAAGUCUGCAGACCAGAAACUGUGGCAGCUGAAAACUGUACUGCAGAACAGCCACCUGAGCAGCAGAAACGGGAGACGGGCAAAGCGGAGCGGGAGACUGGAGAAAACCGUGAUCCUAACAAAAACCCAGGAGGGAAAAGCAGUGCAGCAGAACCACCUGAAGAGCAGAGCAGUGCAUGUGACGCGCAGGAAGGAGACUAA